UUCAGAAAUCUGGAGGUCUCAGAGAUUCGUCUCGGCACUAAAUUCAUCAUGUGGAGCCAACGCCACACUAGUGUGGGUCACCACCACUCGCUAGCCAACGAAUUUCUCUGCCCAGGAGACAAGAAUCUGUCAAUCAUCGCACAGUGAAAUGGCGAGUGUAGCGAUAACAAUGGCGAUGGUGGCCUCGCAGUUCUUGGAAGUCGGCUUGAACACUCUGGUCAAGGCGGCCACCACCAAUGGCAUGAGCAAAUUCGUGUUCGUUGUGUAUUCCAACGCCUUAGCCCUCUGUUUUCUUCUUACUUCUACCUUCCUUUAUCACAGGAAGGUGGCUCCUCCUCCAAUCUCAAGGUCAAUUAUCUGCAGAAUCUUCCUGGUGAGGGUGUACUGCGAUAUGAAUGGGGAAUUUGAUUGUUUGCGUUGUUGUGGUAGCUGUGCAGUGCAGACACUGAUGUAUACUGGUAUUCAAUUAAGCUCUCCCACUUUGUCCUCGGCUAUGCUGGAUCUUCUUCCAGCUUUCACUUUCAUCCUCGCCAUUGUUUCCAGAAGACAGGACUGGACAAUCGGUGUGAACUCCAUGAUAUGUGAUUUCAGGAUGGAAAAUCUGGAUUUGAAGUUACGAAGCAGUCAAGCUAAAUCUAUUGGAACGGUGGUCUCAAUCACAGGAGCAUUAAUUGUGACCCUGUAUAAGGGUCUUCCAAUUACUCCCGAGCCCCUACAAGAGAAGCCACUGAUGAGUUGGGUUUUGCUCUCUCAGAAAUCAAAUUGGCUAUUGGGAGGCUUUCUCCUUUCAAUUUCCAGCUUUUGUCUCUCUCUCUUAAUUGUUGUCCAGGUCUGGAUUCUCAAGGACUACCCCGCAGAGUUAAUGCUCACAACUAUUUGUUGUGGUUUUGUGGUUGUUCUUUCUACCAUAAUAGCUCUCAUUGCAGAGGGAACUUCAAAAGCUUGGAUCCUCAGACCUGAUAUGGAAUUGGUAGCCAUAUUUUAUUCAGCAAUGUUUAUGAUAUCAAUCCGAAGUGUUGUGUUCGCAUGGGCUACUCGAAAGAAGGGACCAAUUUAUGUGGCCAUGUUUACCCCUUUAGGGAUGGUCAUUGCAAUUGGCAUGGGAGUCAUUUUUCUGAGGGACACUCUUUAUCUGGGAAGCAUAAUAGGAACAGGUAUAGUAGGAAUUGGAUUUUACUCAGUGAUGUGGGGGCUUGCUCAAGAGGACAACAUGGUGAAGGAGAACAAGAACAAGAAUAUGACAUCUUCUACCACAACCCCUUUGCUACAGGAUAAAAGCUUGCAUGUGUAGAAGAGAAACAAGCCAUAGAGAAUGUCAAGGUUGUAUAACAAUAUUAUGUGUAAAUCAGGCUUUAUCACUUGUCACAUAUCUGUAAAUUAUAUAAAUCUUUUUUUUAUUUUGAAAAAUUACUUACUCUUUAGAAUAAACAAAAAAAAAAUACGCUGCAUUUAUGAA